AUGCACUUCUCCGCCUUCUUUGUCGUCCUCAGCGCUUUGGUGAUCACUUCUCUGGCCAUGCCUGCACCCGAAACAACUGCAGAAGCACUACCAGUGCCAGCGACGAUGGCAGUCGCCGCCGAGAUACCCUAUCAAACCGCCGGCCCAUUUGCGGGUACCUUGCCCCCAAACUUUGCUAAGAUAUGGGUCUUCACUGGCCUCGAAUGCGGGAUCAGAGACGGCCCUUCCUACAACAUGUUUUUCUGGUCUGGUGAUGAUCGCUGCAUACCAUUUCGGAACGUCGGGUCCAUAAUCGCGUGGUACAAAUCUUCAAUCGGCCCUGAAGGCAUCUGCGCAGCCAAGGCACACAGUGUUCCUGAUCCUAUCCAUGCAGACGGCGCACUGUGUCCUGUAGAACUCGGUGUUCUUGACAAAGGAAGCCCUGCAGGUGGUGACGCAGCCCCACUGCUCUCUGACUGGGCGUUCGUGCCAAACGAUACGGUUGCCAUCGUCGCUGGCGAUCGUGAACGUGGCUAA